GUAGCCAGCUCGCUACCCGCUGAGCGCUGGCUUGUAACGCUGCUCGCCGAAACGAUUGAUCCCGAUCAAACAACGUUAACGCUCGCCUCCCAAAUGGCGGAUUAACGCGGUUAUCGGAAGGGACACUCUCAAACCAAUGCUUGUGACUCGGGUGUUUUUUUUUGUUUUUUUUGGAGGUAGUGCGUUGGCAACACCCGCGUUAACAUGUGAAAUGAGCGCAGAAAGAUAUUAACUGUGCGUUAUAUUCUGGCUAACUAGCUAGCAGCUACCUCUCUACACUCAAUCCAAUUAAUGUUAGCUCGCUCGGUCUGUUUUCUUGUAGCGUCGCGUCUGUAAAAAUGAAGAAGUUUAACAUAAGGAAGGUGCUGGACGGCUUGACAGCGGCGUCCUCUUCCUCCUCCACCUCCGCUCAGCCUGGUACUCCUAAGGAAAACGACGCCGUCCUGGAGACUCUCCAGUCGGAACAUUUUCAGCUGUGUAAGACUGUGCGUCAUGGCUUUCCAUAUCAACCAUCCUCCAUGGCUUUUGACCCGGUCCAGAAAAUCCUGGCCGUUGGGACUCAGGCCGGAGCUUUAAGGCUGUUCGGCCGUGCAGGUGUGGAGUGCUACUGUCAGCACGAGAGCGGUGCUGCUGUCAUCCAGCUCCAGUUCCUCAUCAAUGAGGGGGCGCUGGUGAGUGCCUUAGCUGAUGACAGCAUCCAUCUGUGGAACCUGAGGCAAAAAAUCCCAGCGAUCCUUCAUUCUCUGAAGUUUAACAGGGAGAGAAUCACAUACUGCCACCUGCCCUUCCAGAGCAAAUGGCUGUACAUUGGCACAGAGCGAGGAAACAUCCACAUUGUCAACGUGGAGUCCUUCACCCUCUCAGGCUAUGUUAUUAUGUGGAACAAAGCCAUUGAAUUAUCCACCAAGACGCACCCAGGGCCUGUUGUGCAUAUUAGUGAUAACCCCAUGGAUGAGGGCAAGCUUCUGAUUGGAUUUGAGUGUGGGGUAGUGGUGCUGUGGGACUUAAAAUCCAAGAAAGCAGACUGCCGCUACAAUUAUGAUGAGGCCAUCCACUCGGUUGCUUGGCACCACGAGGGGAAACAGUUUGUCUGCAGCCACUCUGAUGGCACUCUGACCACGUGGAAUGUACGAGCUCCGGCCAAGCCUGCACAGAUCAUCACGCCACAUGGAAAACAGCCUAAGGAUGGAAAAAAGCCAGAGCCAUGCAAGCCUAUCCUGAAAGUGGAGUACAAAACUACCAGAGCUGGGGACCCAUUCAUGGUCCUGUCUGGAGGGCUGUCGUACGACACAGUGGGGAGGAGAGCCUGUUUGACGGUGAUGCACGGAAAGAGCACCACCGUUCUGGAGAUGGACUAUCCCAUCGUAGAUUUCCUAACACUCUGUGAAACUCCAUAUCCAAGCGACUUCCAGGAACCGUAUGCUGUGGUGGUUCUCCUGGAGAAGGAUUUAGUUGUAAUAGAUCUCGGACAGAUUGGGUAUCCGAUUUUUGAGAGCCCGUAUCCGCUGUCCAUCCACGAGUCACCAGUGACGUGUUGCGAGUAUUUUGCCGACUGUCCCUCGGAACUGAUUCCUGCACUCUACUCUGUCGGCAGCCGGCAAAAACGACAGGGCUACAGCAAGAAGGAAUGGCCCAUUAGUGGUGGAAACUGGGGCCAAGGCACACAGACUUACCCAGAGAUAAUCAUCACAGGACAUGCUGAUGGCUCAAUUAAAUUUUGGGACGCUUCUGCAUUAAUGCUUCAAGUGUUGUACAAGCUGAAGACGGCCAAGGUGUUUGAGAGGGCCAGAGGUAAAGAGGAGAAGCCCAGCACGGACAUUGUGGAAGAAGACCCGUUUGCCAUUCAGACCUUGUUCUGGUGUCCAGAGAGCAGGAUGCUCUGCGUGGCUGGAGUCUCUGCUCAUGUCAUCAUCUACAGGUUCAGCAAACAGGAAGUCACCACCGAGGUUGUUCAGCUGCUCGAAAUCCGGAUGCAAUGCGAGUUUAGCGAGGCCGACUCCCCUGAUCCGGGAGGAGACCACACCCCCACCUCUGCAGUUCCCCCCAGCCCUCAGGAAGCUGAGCCUCCAAAUCAGCUCUCUGCAGGCAUCAACUCUUCUGAAGGACCCAGAGACAAUAUACCAUGCCUACAGGUGCGGAGCUCCCCGCUGAAACAGUCUCCGGGCUACCAGGUGGAGCUGGUGGUCCAGCUGGUGUGGGUGAGCGGGGAGCCGCCUCAGCAGAUCACCAGCCUGGCAGUCAACUCCUCCUACGGCCUUGUGGUGUUUGGAAACAGUAACGGUCUGGCUGUAGUGGACUACGUCCAGAAGACGCUGCUCCUCAGCAUGAGUAUUUCGGAGCUGUCCAGCCCAUCCGACCCCUGCCAGAGGCAGCCCUGCUCCCCGCGUAAACCCCGCCAGCCUUCUGGAGGACUUUGCGAUUCUAACGACGCAUCUAACAACUCAGAGGAGCGAUGCAAAUCCCCUACGUCAGGAUCUCCCUCACCCUGCAAUUCAGACGAUGAACGAAAACAGAACUUCAUAGAGAAGGCCAAGAUGUCGCGGAAAAUUAGCUCAUCUGGUGAGCAAAAGCCAGAGCUGGAGGAGAGGCUCCAGCGGUGGUCCCCUCAGGCAAUUAAAAGGCGCUUUUGUAGUGUGAGAAAUUGCAAGAUGGCAGACAGGAUGACCCGGAGGUUGAAUGCACAUAGAACUAAGUCAGACCCCAACCGAUAUGGAAAGGAUAACGCCUUCACCCGCUCACGUAGCUCGAGCGUAACCAGCAUAGACCGAGAAUCUCGAGAGGCCAUCUCCUCCUUCUACUUCUGCGAGAGUUUCCCCAGGAAGUCGGACAGUCAGGUCAGCCCCUGUCUGUUAGUGGGGACCACCCAGGGCUCUGUGAUGAUGGUGGCCCUCAGCAUGCUGCCCGGCGGCGACCAAAAGCCACAGCAGCCGGUUGGCUUUGCCUCCUGCGGCCCCCUGGUCAGACUGAAAGGAGACAUCCUGACUAUGGCCCUGCUGGAUGCUGCUGGGACUCUGCUGCCCCCUACCUAUGAACCAUGGUAUGACCCAAACGCCUCAGAUGAAGAGAAAGAGAAGGUCCGGAGGCGCAGGCCAUCCACCCCUCCUACCUCACAGGAGGGCCACGACGCCCAAUUCGCCGUCCUGUGUUCAGAGAAGCAGGCCAAGGUGGUGGCCAUGCCCUCCCAAACCUGCGUCCACAAACACAACAUCACAGAGACGUCUUUUGUGCUGCGGGCCGAUGUGGUGCAGAUGGCCGGGGCUUACUGCCUCGCCUGUUUCUGUGCCAACGGUCACAUAAUGACUCUGAGUUUGCCCAGCCUGCGACCUCUGCUAGACGUGAACUACCUGCCGCUGACAGACAUGCGGAUUGCCAGAACGUUCUGCUUCUCUAACUUGGGUCAAGCUCUGUACCUGACCUCCCCCACUGAGAUCCAGAGGAUUACCUACAGCCAGGAGACCUGUGACAACCUUCAGGAAAUGCUCAGCGAGUUAUUUACCCCCGUGGAGACGCCAGAGGCUCCAAACAGAGGCUUUUUCAAAGGCCUUUUUGGCGGAGGAGCUCAGUCUUUGGACAGAGAAGAACUCUUUGGUGAAACGGCGUCCGGUAAGGCCUCGCGCAGCCUGGCCCAGCACAUCCCAGGCCCGGGCAGCAUGGAGGGCAUGAAGGGAGCGGCCUCCGGGGUCGUAGGGGACCUCGCCCGUGCCAGAGUGGCGCUGGAUGAGAGAGGGCAGAAGCUGGGGGAGCUGGAUGAGAGGACGGCAGCCAUGAUGGCCAGUGCAGACUCCUUCUCAAAGCACGCCCAUGACAUGAUGGUGAAGUACAAAGAUAAAAAGUGGUACCAGCUCUGAUGACAGAGAGCGGAGCUCUGGACUCUUGUUGCGAACACCAGUAUCUCCGGGGGGGGCCUGGGCUCCCUCUGUCCUCUGUUUAUUUCCGUGGGCGGGGUUUCCUCCGCUCAACAGCAUCAUGCUAUUUCUCUUAGCACAGUAUCUUCACUCUCCAUUACUCCAGUCAGCAAAGAUGAGAGUGAAGCCAUUCGGCUUCUCUUCCUCUGUUCCAUCUCAGAGCGACACGGCAGACACGGAUCCCUCCACAUCCGUCAUCAAAUACGUUCUACACACACAAACAGACACGCGUUGCUUUUCAAGGGGAGACGGAGGGACAGUUCUGCAAAAUAACGUACUCUAGGUGGCCUGGCUGCACUUUUUUUGAUUCCUUUCUAAGCCCUUUAUUGUGUCUGCCAAACACGAGGAGAAAAGUCUGAUCCUUCAACACGUGACCAUUGAGUGAAUGCGUAAGGCUGCGAAGGACUUCUUGGGAAUUUUCUUUCAUGUCGUCACGUAGAAAGGACCUCUAAGCACUUCGAAUCGUAAAAUAGAUCAAUUGGACGAAGACUGUGGAUCAGUUGCCUCUUACUUGAACAAGGGCUGGUAGUUCACUAGUUUGUCGCCAACCUUUUUCACACGCACCAAGUUGCUUUAGGUGAGAAUGUUUCCUGAACGUCACUUUGUUUUUAUUUAUUUCCAGAUAUGAAGAUAUUUUGGAAUUGUAGAUUAAACAGGAAGAUUAUAUAUUGGGCAUUAAAAGGUAUACGAGCAAAAAAAAGUGCUAAAAAUGUUUACCCCCCCCUCCCACCUCGAAGGAAGAGUUUACAUUGUUCUAACAAAUGAGUCGAUACACUGGAAAAACCCCGGUGGUUUUACGAUCUUUGGCUUGUUUCUGUCAGAUCGCGUCUUAAUCGCCUAAUAAGGACACAAGUACAUUUUGCUCAGAACUUUUUUGUUUAGUUUUCCAAGGAUCCCAAAUCGAAGUAUUUUGGCGUCCUGUUGUAUCUGAAGUAGAUUAGUCGUUGAUGCGUAUGGAGUGGGAGUGGUGAUGCCUCACAAACACAUUAAAUUGCUCCACUUAGUGCCACAGCUUCUCUGUUCAACACUGUCUCUCUUUUUUUUGCCUUCGCCUCAUGACCUAGAACCUCUAGCUGCGUCUAGAACACCGAGACCUACGGAAGUAUUCGCCCCUCAUGAGAUUUCUUCCCUCAUCCAUUGAAACGAGGGAUUGCCUAAUAGCUGAAGAUGUUGGAAGAUUAUUAAUGUUUUAUAUAUUUAGAAAUAAAAAUCUAAAUUGUGGAAUGCUUUGGUUUUCAGACCAUGCCCUUCGAUCCUCUACCAGAUUUGUAACUUUCGCCCAUUCUUUAAGAUUACAUGUGAACCUCACAUUUAAUGUUUCGUCAUAGAGAAAUUGGAUUUAGUUUUUUACUUUGACUAGGCCGUUCUAACAAACCACGUUUCUGCUUUGAUUUUAGCCUCCAUCCCUCUCUCUAUCUACCCUGCUACCAGCUUUCCUGUAAAUGCUGAAGACAUGCAUUCCCACUGCAUGACGCUCCCUCCACCAUGUCUCAAUGUGGGAUGGUGUGUUUAGGGUGAUGUGCAACGUUAGUUUUUAUCUCCAGUGUUCGGUGAGAUCGGGAUAUUGCUUUAUGAGCUAAAUCCUCUUUACAGUUCUCCACAACCGUAUCCCUGACCUCCCUACUGUGUUCCUUGUGACAUUUAUCACCAUGGUUCUCCUUUACAGAACAGCUGGACCUAAACAGAGCUUAAACCAGGCACAAUUAGGCUCUGUUUGCUAAUAAGAAGUCCCCUGAAGGCAGUUGGUUGAAUCAGAGAAAAUGUGGGCUGAACCGACAUGCAUGCCACAAUUAUUAGAUUUUUAGACACAAAGGAUUAAAAACCUUUAUAUAGAAAUAGAUUACAGAUAUUAAAGGGGUAUGGAUAAUUUUGCUAAGCACAGCAUGGGCGUGUGUUGUGAACAUGCUCAUAUGAAGGCCAGUGCUCCUAGCACCUUGUCAAUGAAGGAGCAUCUCUUGUUUUCAAAGGAGGAAAGAAAAAAGACUGUCGGAAGAUAUUGCUGCCAAAUGUUGUAAAUAAUGGGAAGCUUUGACACUGAGCGUGCAAAGCUUAAGCGGCACUAAACGCUUCCUGGCCAUGUUGUUUUUCUGACACCAAAGACUUAUCCCGGUUUCACAAAGUUGUCUUUAUUUACCCUCUGAAAUGGUAAGAGCAUAUUUUGACACUUAAGGAAGUCCACUGUGUACAUGGAGGAGAGCAGAUUGACGUUUUUCCAUAUGAACACGACACCUUUUCCCCCCUCAAUGCCUCGGCCUGCUUGAUUUUUGUUCAGAAAGGCAAGUUAGGAGAGUUUCCUUCCAAACUGAGAUAUCCACCGGAGCCAAUCCAGCACGAUCGACUGGAGAAGAAAGAAAACAGACCGACCUGAGAAGGAAACGUCAUUUUUCUCGGUCUCACUCUCCUUCGGUGGAUUUUCAGCAGCUUCCAAAGAAAACCCCCCCACUUUCAGACAGCUGAUUUUAAUCUACUCCACUGUAUACUACUGAGAUGAAUCUAUUUAAAAGAGCAUAAGUGGGUUUUGCACUAUUUUUUGUACUUUGUAAAAAUUUUUAUGAUUUUUAACGUGUUUAUUCCCGUGUCCCAUUUUUCUUAGUUGUUUGAAGGACCAAAACAUCACAGACCAUCUGCUUAUUUAUGCCAUUUGCUGGUUAUGUUGAUUUCUUCAUUCUCAGAUUUGUUUUUAAUGUCAGAUUAAAGAAGCUAUGAAAUAUUUAUAUUUGAAAACAAAUAGAUAUAUAUAAAUAAAAAUCUACUUUUUUUUCGGCAGUCUAUUAAAAUAAGUAUCUAUGUAAUUUUGAAAUGGAGAAAUUGUUUAUCUCCAACCUAUCGUCAUCCAUACAUGGAAGUAAAGGUUUUCCUGUAUGUGUUGCUCUAAGAUUUGAAAGCGUUGUUAAAGCAGCAGGAUGUCCUCUGUGUGUGGGGCUGUUGGGUGUGGCCUCCACUUUAAAGUGCUUCAGUUUGCAGCUUGGACGUCCUAAAUGGUCUCUUAUUGCACAUUGAAGGAUGCAUGAUAUUAAAUGUUUACAAACUUGUAUUAUCCCAUUGGAGAUCGUCCGUUCCGGCAUUUGCAUACGUUGAACAUAAGUUCCCAUUUCACCUCCUGCUUUCAUGCAAUCAUGCAGUCAUUUUGGGAUGAGGGGAAUUUUCUUCUGGUGUGUUUGUAAAUCUCCCAGUUUGCUUCAGAUUCCCUUUCCUCUUUUCUUUCGUUUCCCUCCCCGCGCUGUGAUAAAACGAGCUGAGCGUUCUGCCAUACUUCCAUCCAUUCGAUGAACAUCUGUAGAGUUGCAGUAUUUUGUUUGGGCAACAUUUUUUUGUACAGUUUUAUGAAAAUCAAUUUCAAAUGGAUGUCUGACUCAUCUGCCACCACAAACAACUUAGACUGUAGAUACAGUAUAUAUAUAUAUAUAGAUAUUAUUGUGCAAAGUAAAAAAUAAAUAAAUGU